AUGUCAGGAGAUGACAUGGAAUCCGACGCGACAGCAGCGAGCGACAGCUUCUUCAACAGAGAAGGGAAGGGAUUCCCCACAGCAGGACCCUCUCCCGAGCUAUCGGCGUCAUGGCCAAGCUUUCUCUUCUGGUCCUGGAUCGCGCCGUUCAUGCACUACGGCUAUCGCAAAGUCGUGCAGGAGGACGACCUAUACGAGCUAAACCCGGUGGAGUCGACGCAGCAGAGCGUGGACUGCUGGAACCGCGCAUGGCGCACAGAGCUACGCCUCGAGCAGGCGGACGCGGAAAAGACGGCGCGUCUGUCUCAGGGGGGUGAGGCGGGGAGGAAGCGCGGGAGGCGGCCGGUGGGGCGCGUGUGGCGGGUGCUGGCGCGUGCGUUCGGGCGGUACUACUUCAUGGCGGCCGUGUGGAAGCCCAUCUGGCUCGCCGCUGUCUGCACCCAGGUGUACGUGCUAAAGCAGCUGGUGGCAGCAGCAGCAGCGCCAGAGCCGCCAGCAGCGUGGAGGGCGGCGCUGCUGGUGGUGGGCAUGGCGGUGACGUCUGUGCUGCAGAGCGUGUGCAUGCACCACUGCUUCACUCGCUCCCAGAAAGCUGGCAUGCGCGUGCGCGCGUGUGUGUGCACAGUGGUAUACCACAAGGCAUUGGGAAUGAAGCAGGUGGCUCUGGGGGAGGCGACAUCUGGGCGCAUGCUCAACCUCAUCACCAACGACACUCAGAAGCUUCUAGACGCCAUCACGUACUUCCACUAUGUGUGGCUGGCAGUGUUGGAUCUGACAGUCAUCUGUGCGUUGGUGAUAGUGGAGGCGGGAGUGGCGGCCCUGGGGGGCGUCGCAGUCGUCUUCCUCAUCCAACCGCUCAUUGUGUGGAUGGCAAAGCGAGUCGCAGCAUUGAGGCCCAAGGCGCUCAAGUUCACUGAUGCGCGUGUGCGGCUGCUGGGGGAGGUGCUAUCUGGCAUGCGCGUGGUCAAGGUCAAUGGCUGGACUGCCGCCUUCCUGGACCGCAUCCGCGCACUACGAGACAACGAGCUACAGUGGCUGCGCCGGGCGGCGUACGUGCGAUCAGUCAACUCCACUCUCAAGGAUUCCGUCACGCCCCUGGCAUCCCUAGCCACGUUUGGCAUAUACGUGGCAAUAAACGGCGACCUGCCACCCCAGACGGCCUUUGCGGUGCUGGCGCUGUUCAGCAUCAUGGUGCGCAUCUUCUUCAUCGCACCCACUGGCCUCCAGUUCGCCGGGGAAGCACUCGUUGCUGUUGACCGCCUCGAGAAGUUCCUCGCACUGCCCGACGGGCAGGGCGGCUGCCCGGAAGAGACGCAGGCGGAGGUGGGUGACAAGGCGGAGAGCAAGGGCGUGGUCGUGGCGCUUCAAGAUGCCUCCUUCUCCUGGCAGCUGCCGUCCACCACUGCCCAGCAGCUCCCCUCCUGCAUAGAGCAGCAGCAGGGAGCAGAGGGGGGCAAUGGGAAAGGUGCCAGAGGGCUGUGGAGGAGAAGGCUUGGCGCUCAGAAGGCGCGGGAGAAGAGGAAUGGAAGGAGAACUGUUGGUGCUGUUCAGCCAGACUGCACGCAGGGAGAGGGCACGGAAGGUGAUGGCGAGGCGGGCAAAGAGAACGGCUUGCAAGAGGAUGCUGCUGCUGCUGCAGGAACAGGGUUUCACCUGGAACGAGUGACUCUGCGAGUGGAGAGAGGCGCAGUGGUGGCAGUCACAGGGGCGGUGGGCAACGGCAAGUCGUCCCUCCUGCAGGCAAUACUGGAGGAGAUGCAGUAUGUGGGUGGCGCCAUGUGGGUGAGCAGUCUGGGGAACGUGGCGUAUGCAGCGCAGCAGCCGUGGAUUCUCAAUGCUACGGUCAUGGAAAACAUUCUUUUCGGGCAGCCCUACGACGCGGGCAGGUACCAGGAGGUGGUGCGUGCGUGUGCGCUUGACCGUGACAUCGCUGCCCUGGCCGCCGGGCACCAGACAGAAAUCGGCGAGAGGGGCAUCAACCUGAGUGGGGGGCAGAAGGCAAGGAUAUCCCUUGCCAGGGCGUGCUACAGCAGCGCUCCCCUUGUGCUCCUAGACGACCCUCUAGCCGCAGUGGAUGUGCCUACAGCGAAGCACCUUAUAGAGAACGUGCUUCAAGGAGGGGUCAUGCAACGCGGUAACCGCACGGUCGUGCUCGUAACGCACAACCGACGGUCGCUGGACGCAUGCUCCCAGGUGCUGCUGAUGACACAUGGACGGCUGGGAUUGGCCGGGAGCCCGGAGGAGCUAGCAGAGGUGGGUGCGAUUAGCGGGAGGGAGAUGAAGAGGGUGAGGAGUGUUGAAGCCAUGGCGGCGGCUGCUGCUGCUGCUGUGGAGGCGGUGCCUUCGGCUAGAUAUGAAGGGCGGGGGGGAUGGGAGAGUGGGGAGGGUCUGGAAGGUUCAGAUGGGAAAAGCGUGGGGGAGGUGGAUGGGAAAGGCUGGGGGGAGCGAAUUAGGAAAGGGGAAGGAGGAGGGGAGGUGUUGGGGGAGGUGGGGAACAGGGAGGUGGUUCAAGGGGGAGGGGAGAAUGGAGAAGGGGUUGGAGCAGGAGGUGCAGGCGAGGGCAGGGAGGGCGGGGCAUGUGAAGGGCAAGAGGCAGUGGUGGUGGAUGCGAAGUGGGGAGAGGAUUUGGAGAUGAGAAGAGAGGAGGCGGUGGUGCAGGAUGGUGCCCAGAGGGAAGGGGAGAAUGCAGAGCAUGGCGUUGCUCAUGGGAUGGCCCAUGGGAUGGCCCAUGGGAUGGCUCAUGGGGUGGCUCAUGGGCAUAAUGGGGUGACUGACAAGGAGUGUGAGGGAGAGAACGGGGCAGUGACUGGGGAGGGGGAUGGGAGGGAGCAGGCAGUGAAGCUGACAGAGGGGCAGAGGGAGAAGCGGGCGCAGUGGGGGCAGCGGAGCAUGGGCCGUGUGACCAUAAAGGAGGACAGAGUGGAGGGGCAGGUCACUCGCGCCACCUACUGUGCUUACAUCAAGGCUGGGGGCGGCUUCCUGCUCUUUGCUGGGCUACUGCUGGCCUUCAUGGUGGCACAGACAGUGCGCACCCUCGUGGAUUACUGGCUGGGCGUCUGGGUCGACCACAAAUACUCCCUCUCCUCAGGUCUCUACGUGGGCAUAUACGCGGUGCUGACAGCGGGAGCCAUCGUGUUAUCGCUGCUGCGGGCCUUCUGGUUCACCCAUGCUGCCCUCGCUGCAGCACGCCACAUGCACCACCUCAUGGCUGUGCACGUGCUGCGCUCGCCACUGCUAUUCUUCGACCAGAACCCAGUGGGUCGAAUCCUCAACCGGUUCAGCAAGGACCAGUCUCUCGUGGAUGACCUGCUGCCAACCACCGUUCAGCAAACCAUGGAGCUAUUUCUGGGCUGCGCUGGGGCCAUAGCAGUCACCGCAGUGCUUGUGCCCUGGUUCCUGCUGGCACUCCCGCCGCUGCUACUGGUCUUCUCGCUGCUGCAGCGCCGCUACCUGCGUGUCUCCCGUGAGCUCAAGCGCAUCGACGGGCUCUCGCGGUCACCUAUCUACGCUCACUUUGCUCAGAGCCUGCAGGGAGUGGUGUCAGUGCGAGCAUACGGAGCAGCCCCAGCCUUCCUGCAUCACUUCAUCGCACUGAUAGACGCCAACCACCGCGCCUACAUACAGUUCGUGCACGCCGGCCGGUGGCUCGGGAUCCGCCUGGACCUCUGCGCCUCUGCGCUCGUGACACUUGUCGCCAUCCUAGUGGUCGUGCUGCACGGCUCCCUGCCCGCCGGGUAUGCUGGUGUGAUUCUGGUGCAGUCCCUGCAGCUGACAGGUCUCUUCCAAUAUGCCAUCAGACAGGCAGCAGAGAGUGAGAACUACUUCACCUCUGUGGAGCGCAUCCAUUCGUUCAUGCAGCUGCCCUCCGAGGCCAAUCACCUCUCGCCACCUGGCACGCUGCCGCCAGCCUGGCCGGACAAGGGGCGAGUGGAGUUCUGCCACGUGUACAUGGCGUAUCGGGAGGACCUGCCUUAUGCACUCAAUGACCUCACCUUUACUGUGGCGGGCGGCGAGAUGGUCGGCAUUCUGGGCCGAACGGGGUCGGGCAAGUCCAGCCUGGCAGCCGUGCUCUUCCGAUUGGUGGAGAACAGUCGCAGCCGUGGCCACGUCAGCAUAGACGGCCUGAAUCUCACAGGCGUGGGGCUGGACGACCUCAGGCAACGCCUCUCCAUCAUCCCCCAGGACCCGGUGCUCUUCCAGGGCAGUGUGCGGCAGAACCUGGAUCCCUUAGGUCGCUACUCCGAUGCUGACAUGAUGGAUGCACUCAGGCGCGCACACCUCUCCCCUCCCAGCUCGCAUUCCAACCUCUCAGCAGCACCGCCAUCAUUUUCUCCUCAUGCCAACGGCGAUGCAGAUGCAGGAGACAAGAACAGCAACAGUGCAAGAGACGGGAAUGUUGGUGUUUAUGACUCUGUUACACUGCUCAAGGAAUCCCCGUCUCGUGGUGCCUCAGCUCCCACCACAAGGCUGCGUCCAGUCACUCUUGACAUGGAUGUCUCGGAAAAUGGGGAGAAUUUCAGUGUGGGGCAGAGGCAGCUGCUCUGCCUUGCACGCGCUUUGCUGCGGCAGUCCCGAGUGGUGGUGCUGGAUGAAGCAACCGCAGCCGUUGAUGGGGAGACCGACGCGCUAGUGCAAGCCACAGUUCGUGAGCAGUUCGGCGCUGCAGGCAUGCGAGCCACAGUACUGACUAUAGCGCAUCGCAUCGAUACGGUUAUUGAUGCAGACAGGGUGCUGGUACUUGCACCUGGAGGUAGGGUUGCGGAGUUUGACACCCCAGCAAACUUGCUGCGCCAAGGGUUGGACGAGAGUGGUGUUAAAAGGGAGAAAGGGGGGUCGGUGUUUGCUAGCAUGGUGGAAAACGCCGGACCUGUGGUGGCAGCUAAGCUGUAUGAGGCAGCUAUGGAUGCAGAGAGGAGGAACAAACAAAAUUGA